AUGGCUGUAACAGAGGCUGUAAAGGAGGCUAUUUGGUUACAAGAUAUCCCCUCUGUUUAUGGUGCUUGUCAUGGAUUAUUGUGUUUACUUGAUUCUUCAACGGAUAAGGCUGCCAUUUGGAACCCAUCAACCAGAGAGUUUAAAAUCCUUCCACCAUCUUCAAUCCAACACCCUCCAUAUUUUUCCCCAUUCGAAGAAACCUACCUUACUUUAGAUAAUGUUUCUUUUGACAACGCUGCUUUUGGGUUUGAUUCUAAAAAUGAUGACUACAAAGUCAUACGAUUUGUUGAUCUUACUUUUGUUAAUAGUGAAGAAGAAAAUCCACAUCCUCAUUUUAUGGACCAAGUUGAGUUGUAUUCUCUUAGAAGUAAUUCCUGGAAGGAAAUUCCAUCUCCUGAUUAUACACCAACUUGUACAACUUUGGGUAAUAAUUAUGUAGAUGGAAUUUGCUAUUGGAAAACAAAGACAGGGGCAUAUCUUGAUUUUAGAGGACUAAUUCUUUCAUUUGACAUGGGGAAUGAGAAGUUCUCAAUUUUACCUAUCCCAGAAUUCGUUGGGUCUUUCCCAGAAUACUAUGUUGAUCUAUUGGUGUUUAAUGGAUCACUUGGUGAUAUUGUUUACCCAUCGCAAAGAAUUGACACGUCUUUUGAUUUAUGGGUUACAAGUGAAGGAGUGUGGACUAAACAAUUCAAUAUUAAAUCCAUUUCUGGAGUUGUAUACCCAUUGGGAUUUGGAAAAAAUGGUGACUUGUUUCUUAGAGACACAAAUGAUGAAGUACUCCUAUUUGACGCCUCCACCCUAGAGAUUAAGAAGCUUGAGAUUAAUACUUAUCUAGAUCAUUUUCGGUUCGCCAUCUCCCUUCAUGCUUAUUUAGAGAGCCUGGUUCGUAUCAAUGGAAUACAAGAAGUUGAGAAAUAUGUAAUACGUCAACCAACGAGAAAUGCAUCAAAUGAAUACUGA